GCAGGCCUUAACAAAAAGGAUAGUUUUAUCGGUCUUCACAGAAUGUUUUCAGAAUAUACUUGAAUAAACUCUUGCAAACAUGUGAAAAGCUUGAAAACUUACCGGACUUGAAUUUAUUUAUUUUCCAAAACAAGUAUAUCUACUUGUAUAUGUUUCACUAUUGUAGGACACCAGCAACUGUCUUCAGCUGACAAGCCUAUGACCAUGGAGGACAUCAACCUGGAGCAGAAUUUUCCCUCAGCGUCAUCUGAGUAUGUGUCGAAAGAACAGGAGUCAGAGGUUUUCAUAGCCAAUGAGGCAGCCAGUGAUGUCCCCCAGGAAGUAGAUGAUUUGGCAUUGAGUACCAUGUCACGCAUGUCGGAGGCCAGCGAGAUGUCUGGGAUGCUCAGUCUUAGCACCAUCACUAACCUGAUAUCCUCUGCUUCACCUAACUGUAAACCCCAGGACCUUGUCAACAUGGUGCUUACACUGUCCAAUACCAAGGCACAGGAGAAGAAGGGUAAACCAGAGUCGACAGGGAGAUCCUUAGAGACGAUCAGAGAGAGGUCUUCUGUUGAGUUUGAAGACAAGAGUCGUCCCAAACAACAUACGUCUCGCCUACCAGUGCGCACUUCCUCCAGCAGCUCUCCAGGUGACGCAAGCCAGGCACAACGAAAGAACAAAUCUUUGGAGGUGUCCAAGACAAGGAAAACCUCCUCGUCUUCCACAGCUCCGUUCAACCGCAGCCAGCCACUGGGAUCCACAGAUCCGGGGUUUAAACCUGACCAAACUGUGACAUUGAAGCAGUCGAGACUUGAUGGCGCCUCAGGGCUAGCUGUGAACAAUGAAGGAGAAAAGUUGGAUGAUGAAGACGAAGAAGACCCGGAUGACAUCUUUAGUAAUGGCUCCAAACCCCAGCCUGAUGGGCAGGAGUCUGACAGAGGCACACAGAGAACUCCUUCAGUGUCUGGUCAGUUAGCCCCCAGGGACACUAGACCUCAGGUAGGGGGCGGAGAUUUUCAGCCAGCCACUGUCACAAAAGAGAUGAACCAGGAUGAUAAACUGAAACAGGUGAAUCAGUCCCCUGUGUCUCCGCUGAAAGCGAGUGCAGACACCAGCCUGGAGAAAGUCUCGAAGGUCUACUCUCCAAGGCUGUCGGACAUUGCCAGAAACAUGAACGUGGAUUUGUCCAAAGUGGAGCCUUCCCCUGAUUUCACGCUGUCUGAUUACAUCUUAGAAGGGAAUAACCGUAGUUAUUCUCCAGCAGACGGCAGGGACACAAAUGGCGAGAAAUCAACCCCAAAAGCUGAUGUUCAGUGUAGCGAUGCCCACGUGUUUAAAAAACCUGAUGGUUUGCCAAUGAGGAAGAUGGGCUCUGCUUUAGCCAACAAAUCGGCUGUUAACAAACAAGAGAAAUCCAAGCUGUCUGGCGUGGGUUUAAAUAGCUCCAGACAACCCGAGACGAAUAAGGCCAGAGUCACUGUAAAACAUGGAGCCAAUAAAGAGAACCAGCUGAGCACAACGAACAGAUCAACGAUUCCAGACAAGAUUCUGGAAAACAAACGGUUGGGAGACAAAUCUCUGACGUCAGUUUUGUCAAGAACAACAAAACAGGGCUUGAAAGCUUACAAAAACAAUGUUGCACCGCAAAAUCAGCUUUCAGAUCAGAACAGGCCAAUCUCGUCCAAACCUAAGUCUGAUUUUGGUAGGACAGGGAAGCCAACUGCGAGAACAAAACAGCAGAAUAUUGAGGUGUCCAUAUCCUCUCUUGGCCAUUCAAAAGAGCUGGACUCUAAUCCUUCUCCUCCGUCUACAUCGCAAGGACGUCCUCUGCAAAACCAGUUACCCACUACAAGACCUCAGAUAUUGAGCCAACCUCAGCAGCAUCCAACUCAUGUUGCUAACGUAGUUCAACAUCAGCCAUUUACUCCAGUUCCUCAGUAUUCACUUCAUCAAUGCUCUCGUUCUUCCAACAACAUAUCUCAGCCUAAACCUGACUAUCCAAACCCGUGUCACCAGGCGCCACACCCGACUCUUCAGCACCCAACCCUCUCCAGGACAAACCGACUGUCUCAACCCAGCAGUGGUCCCCAAUCCCUUCCAUCGUACCACAAGAUAGCAGCCAGCGAUCUGCAUGCCCCCAAGAACUUCAGCAGCCAGCCUGACCUAGACUUGGAGCUGUGUGCACCCACACCCACCAAGUAUGCCUCCCUGGAAGAUCAGUCGAUGCUCACGUUUGACCACGGUCUUCCAGCCUACCAGAGCACACCUUUCUAUCAUGCUCUCUCCCCAUAUAACACCACGGACAUAGCUACUCAGCGCCCAGAAACCGAGCUGCUGAUGAAGACACCCAGUCUGGCUAAAGACUUUUGUCGCACAGCGCCUGACAGCAGUAAGAUGGUAGAACUGCCCAGCGUUGUGAGCUUCACUGAGGUCUGCUGUGUCGGGGUGUCCACAAAGGCCAUCAUCACUCUCAAAAACACAUCUGACCAUUGGCUUGAGUGUGUGCUGGACAUCCGUGAGCUGACCAUCAAUGAGCAGGAUGUGGACCCAGUGGUCAAACUGCCCUUCAUGUUUAACCAGAAGAUUAUUAUUGAACCUCAGUCAAGGGAAAACAUACCUGUGAUAUUUGUGCCAAAGUGUGAGGGAAGCUAUGUGGGGAGGAUGGCUGUGUUGCCAUGUACAGUGGUGAAGAACAAGAGGAUCAGUAGUCAGAAUGUCCAGCCAGAAUUUGUCACCCUCAAGGCCACAGCCGAGAUGCCAAACAUAGAGGUGCUAAGUGAGAGUUAUCUAUCCUUGGUGUAUGGUGAGCUCAGAUGGGGAAGCUGUAAAGGACUUCCCUUGACUUUGGCAAACCAUGGGAAAGCAACAGUUCCACUACGCCUGUCAAUCUCUGCGAAUAACAGUGGUUGGCACUGCUUUUCGUUUGAGGAAACCAUCUCUAAAGACUUGUCCAUCAUCUCUGGUUCUAACCGUCCCUCCACUCCUGCCCUGAGCAAGACUGUGCUGAAUGUGACACUGAAGGCCAACUCGGAGUCAGACUGCUCAUCUCCUCUCCCACUGAUGGUCUACUGCAAACUCCCACAGAGAGAAUGCACCUCAGCCUCUUUAAGGUCCCCACCUGAGGUGAUCCAGGCAAAGGUAGACAUUGAAGUGGACACUCCCACAUCCAAGCUGCACGUGGGUACAGUAAAUCUACACGCCGAGGCUGGAGAGGUCAAGCUUCUUACUUCCAUCAGGUCUGAGCUUCCGGAGAUAAACUCGUACGGGGAGCGGUCAACAUGCGCGUUCAAGCUUCAGAAUGGUGGUAACAUAUCCAUGAACGUGAGUCUCCAGCCCAGAGAGUACACAGAAGAGAUUAAAGUGAUUCCAGCCAGCCUCAUAGUCAAACCUCAGGAGUUUCAGGAAAUCACGGUUGUUUACCGUCCAAUUUCCAGACUACCUCGUCUUGAAACAGCAUUACUUAUGGCCAUAGAUCCAGAUGGUCCUGUGUUUGAGGUGACAAUUAUAGCCAAUUGCCUGGCAAAAGUGGCAAUGCCUGUCCAGCCUGAGGUACAAAUACUCUGUAACAAGAGUCAUCUGUCAUUUGGUGGCGUGGAAGUUGGAAAAGCCGGUUGUCAGCGGUUAAACGUUGUCCACCAGGCCAAGACACAGAUUAAAUUGAAGCUGGAAGUGACAACAGCUGUUUUCCAGAUUAAAAGUGUGCUAGGCCACAAGGAAGCGCUGAGCAGCGUGAAAGAGGUGUUUGUAAAUCCAGGGGAAGAGUACUCCAUCAAUGUGGCUUUUGUACCAACUACCCUUGCACAAUUCCAGGGUAAACUGAUCAUCAGACAGGAUGGAUCCAGCAAGAAAUACUCUGUUCCUCUCAAUGGCCACGGGGGCACCAGUAAUCUAGUCUUGGAAGAUUCUGCUGACUCCUCCAAGGGAGGGAAUUACUUCAGAAACAUUGGAGAGAUUAAAGUUGGCAGAAACAACGUACAGAGAUUCACAUUGUGGAACAUUGGCUCUCGAGCAGCCUUUGUGAAAGUUUUCUGUUUUUCUGAUUUGACCUGUUCCCAGAUACUGAGUACAAAUGUGGCCAUUGUUCAGCCUAAUGAAUUUGUCAUCAAAGCAGACUCCUGGAAGAGCUUGGUGUUGGUGAUGAAUCCCAGUCCUAUCCAAGCUGCUCGAUGUCAAGACAAGCCAUCAGUGAUCGGGGCGGUGAAGUUCUACUAUGGAGAUGAAAUCAACCGCAUACUAUAUAGAAGGGAGUUGGCGAUGAAGCCAGGUAUGAAGAAAAAUCCAUUUCCGCAAAAUCAUCCCUUAGCCAAGGUGAAUUUGGAUGUGCAUCUACAAGAUGAAACAGACAUUGAAGAAGGUGCAGAAUUGCUACCCAACUGCCCAAAUUACCAGGCCACUUUUCUCAAGGGUAUUUCCCGGAUGGUGUUAAGCCUGGUAGGGGACCCCCCUGCCCCAGAAGCCCCAUAUGAGGACCUGGUGGGGGAUCAACAAACAGGCAAAGUGUCGCACUCUCUGGUCAACAGAAACAGACUGGCUGGCCUGUCCCCAGUCACUAGCCAGGACAGUUCCCAAAGCCAGAUGAUGCCCCACAGGUUCACAGGCAGCCCACAGAGUGAAGACCUGGACAUGUCUGUUGUACCCAGCAAGCCUAUCGUUAUGGCAGGGAUGGAACUCUCACACAACAAGCUUCACAGCAGGGCGGGCCAAGGGAAGACAACUCAGGUCAAACAUCUUAUGAACAGCCUUGAGGUUUAUCCAAAACAGCUGAUCUUAGACUUGGAGGCUGAUGGGAGCUGUAAUAAGAAGGGCUGCAUCCAAGUUGAGAACAUGUCAGAUGUCCAGAUGAGCUUUGAUGUAUCUUGGCCAGACAGAAGACUUGGGGUCGAGUUUGAUUCGGGAAUAUUGCCACCAAGGGCGACCUGCAGCCUUUAUGUCAGCCCCUCCCCCGUGCUGGUCUCUGAGGGAAUAUCUCUACCAUGGACUGGUCGAAUCAGAGUGGACACACAGCUGGAGAGUCAGACAGUCUCUGUUCUGGUGAGAAGUGUUGAGGAGAAAAAAGUUAGCAAUAUAGAGAGUUCUGCAUUUAAUAACCAUGGCAAUGCAAGGAACAGUCAGCAUUGUGCACCUUCAAAACCCAAGACUACUGCUGCAAACAGCAGCAAGCAGAAAUCCUCCCCUCAGGCAGGUGUGUCUGCACAGCGUAAAGCGGCUGACACCAAUAGUAGCCAGCAGAAUAGUCCACCUGUCAGGGCAGCGUCCCUGCCUGGUCAGCCCACACCUGUAGAUUUCCCAGACACUGCACCGUCACGGCGCUCUUACAAUUCACCUACAACAAUGCAACAAAUGACAAAGGCUGAUAAUAAUCAUCAGCCAGGAAAACCCCUGGGUGCUAUAUCAAAGAAUGUUACAAGGCCGUCCCCUACACAUACAAAUAAGCUGAAAAAAGAUGAACAGAGGAGUAAAUUGCCCUCCCCAGCUGAGCAGCAGGUUAUCUUCAACGCCAGUAGAGUGGGAGAGUCUACAGAGACGACAUUUAGCCUGUCUAACACCACAGACAAGUCCAUCAUCUGGACUCUCUCCCCAUUUACCCCUCCCUUCCUCAAGAUACCCGAGACUGGAGAGACCUCCAGCAAGGUCCAGCGUAUUAAAUACGAUGUUUUCAAGUUUUCACGGACAUCCGGCGACCUUCAGCCUCAAGAAAAUAUACAGGUCUUUGUUCAGUUUGAACCACAGGACAUAGGGUACUUCUCUCAAUUCUGGGAAGUCCGGAAAACAAAUGACAAUGGCUGUGAUCAAACCAUUGACAGGGUGCAACUGUUAGGCGAGGCCCUGCCACCAUCCAGCCCUCGGGUGACAAGCCUACAGGAUCACUACCCUCAAACCUCGGACACAACCAUGUCCUCUGUCAGUUCUGACAGGUCCAGGCAAACUCAGCCACCCAAGGAUUUGCAGAACAGCUGUGUGAUUCGCCUGCUCAAAGAUACAUUGGAGUUUGCAGCCUGGGGCACGCGACAGACUGAGGAGUGCAAAGCCCAGAUCAAAAACAAGGACAAUGUCUUACAUAGGAUUGAAAUCAUCCCACCACAGGAUCCGUUUUACUUAAAUCGCACGGCUGUAAAAAUCAGGGCCGGCCACUUUGUAAAACUUCCUAUAGAGUUCAGACCUAGACAAAUAGGAUCUUAUGAGGGAAUAGUGGUCUUCAAACCAGAUGUGGGCCAGAGCUUGAGUCUCCUGUUAAAAGGCACAUGCCGAUGAUGUCAUCACUGCUAACAUAUCAUGUAUUUAUUCUUCUGUUGUAAAAUCACUUCAGAUUGUUUUUUUUUUAGUAUUUUUAGAUAUUGUAGCUGAAAAAAAAUACUAAUUUAUUCAUUUAACUAAGAACAUUUUACAAAAAAGCCUCUUAAAAUUUUUAAAGCGUCCCAUUUUAUUGGUGUAAAAAAUUUUUUUUUUUUAACGUCUAAAAUUACAAAAGUGAAUAUCAUGAUUGGUCUUUGACACUGUACAUACAAGCAUGUACAUGUAUGUUGACUAACGACAACAAAUUAGUCGUGUUGUGAAUUGCAGUCUUCUGUAUUAUAUUGUGUAUAAUUACCAACCUGUGAAGUUUAUAUAUUUUUGCGCUCAUG